GCAGUGCCACUGCCCUCAUCGCCCGUGGCCGCAGCCACCACCCUCCCCCUUUUGGGCACUCCCGGCCGGCGACCGCACCACGCCCUCUCCUCUUCGUCAUCUCAACUCCCCGAUCCUGUCUUCGGCGAGAGGUCAAGAUCCUCGCCGCUACUACACGAGCUUCUCCCGGCCGGCAGCCGGAGCCCCCCUCCUCGACCGGCUUUUCCGCUUGCCUUCCCCUCUUCCGACGCACGCAUACGAGGAGGUGCUUGAGUUCGUGGAGGGCCUUGUCAAGUGCGCUCAGCUCCCGGCGCCUUUUAGAUUAUUACAGGCACAAAUGAGCGCAUACAAAUCAAUGUUUCUCCAUUGCAAGCUCCUCAGACGUUCAUUCUGCACUACUGCCUCUUCUUCAAACUGUGUCCAGCCUUGGCUCUUAAUUGGCCUUGGAAAUCCUGGAGAAAAGUACCAAGGCACGAGGCAUAAUGUUGGUUUUGACAUGAUCGAUGCAUUUGCCCAGGUACAGGGCAUUCCAAUGCCAUCCAUUCAUUUCAAAGCCCUUUUUGGUGAAGGGAUGGUUGGGGGCACACCUGUUCUCCUUGCAAAACCACAGACUUACAUGAAUAUUAGUGGUGAAUCGACUGGACCACUUGCAGCAUAUUACAAACUUCCCCUAAAUCGGAUAAUUGUGAUGUAUGACGAUAUGGACUUACCGUGUGGUGUGCUUCGGAUACAACCUAAAGGAGGGCAUCAGCGUCACAACGGGUUGAAAAAUGUGAUCUAUCACUUCAGAGGUAACAGAGAAUUUGGCCGACUAAGAAUUGGAAUAGGUAGACCACCAGGCCAAAUGGAUCCCAAGGCUUUUCAGCUCCAAAAGUUCAAUAAAUCAGCACGGGAGAGGAUCGAUGUUGCAUUGCAAGAAGGGGUUGAAAUCCUGAAGACACUCUUAACGAAAGGCUUAACAGAAUGUGUAAGAUCCACCAACACACAUCAGAAAUACAAACACUUGAGAGUCCAGAAUUUACCAGUGUAAGCCUUCGAAUUCCAUCAAUACUGGUGAAGAAAAUGUGCUUUAUGUUGCAUUCAUUCUGAAGCCAAAAAAAAAAAUGGAGAUCAAAAUAAUAUAACUGCCUUAUUCCUCAAACUUAAAUCUUGUGUGGCAAAUUAAAGAUUCUCUUUAGUUUAACAAAAACAUAUCUAAAAAUAAUAUAUAAUAUAUAAGUUCUCCAAAA